UUCACCUGUUUGUCCCGGGAGAUCGGCGUGUUUGUCGACAGAGCAACUUUCUCCAUGUGACGUGUCUGCCAGAGGAAAGGCAAACAGGCAGAGCAACAAACGGUUUCCGCUAAAACUCCGACGUCUUCUUGUUCAUUCUGUUGCAUGGCUUUUUGACACCCAAAUUUCUCAACUAUGAGAAAUGGGUCAAAUAUCUGAACAGUGACGAAGGUGGAUUUUUUUUUUGAGUUUUUUGUACGAUUUUGAGUAGUGUUGAGGAAAAUGAAAGGCGAACUCAAGGGAACUGGUUAAAAGAAAGCCUCUGCUUAAGAGCUUGUUUUGUGAUGGGUUCGGUGACUUCUGCUCUGACCAGGACGAGGAACGCGUUCGUGAAAGUAGGUUCCCAGCCUGAGAACCACGACUCAGAGAGGAGUCGGUCCGCUCCGGAGUCGGACCGGCCCAGGAAGAGGAGUAAAGGCUUCAACGUGCCAGGCCAAACCGGUCGGCAGAGCUCCCGCCAGUCGCUGUCCGAGGUGCUGAGCAGACAAGACUCCGAUGGAGCCAAACAAAGUUCAAGGAAAAAGCCUGCUGAGGUUCAACAGAGCGUGGCAAAUGAAGAUGGAGAGAGCGCCUGCAGACCCCCGGCCAGUUUUGCACGCUCUAAAUCCCAGAGUGCUUUGUGGAAUGCCAUCACGGCGGGAAUGGGGAUCAAAGGCAAAGAGCAGAAGGUCCCCCUGAAUGACCCACGGAGUCCCGAGGAGAUUCUGGCCGACGACCUUCCAGCAACAGACGAACCAGAUGCCACGGAGAAAACUGCCAUCAGAUUACGAUGUCUGGUGAAACAACUGGAGAGAGGAGAGGCUUCCCUUGCUGAUCUCAAGAAAAACCUGGAGUACGCAGCAUCGGUGCUUGAAUCGGUUUACAUUGAGGAGACAAGGCGAUUGGUGGACACAGAAGAUGAGCUCAGUGACAUCCAGUCAGAGUCUGUGCCUUCGGAGGUGCGAGACUGGCUGGCCUCCACCUUCACCAGGCAGAUGGGGCUAAUGCUCCGGCGAAAUGAAGAAAAGCCCCGUUUCCGGAGCAUCGUCCACGCCGUGCAGGCUGGAAUUUUUGUUGAGAGGAUGUACCGACGCACCUCCAACAUGGUGGGGCUCAGCUACCCUGCAUCUGUCAUAUCUGUUCUUAAGAAUGUUGACAAAUGGUCAUUUGAUGUGUUUGCCCUAAAUGAGGCCAGUGGGGAUCACGCUCUUAAAUUUAUAUUCUAUGAGUUGCUUACAAGAUAUGAUCUCAUAAGCCGCUUCAAGAUUCCGAUCUCUGCGGUGGUGUCAUUCGUGGAAGCCCUGGAAGUGGGUUAUAGCAAACAUAAAAAUCCCUACCACAACCUGAUCCAUGCUGCUGAUGUAACCCAGACUGUACACUACCUGCUUCUCAAAACUGGCAUGGUGCAUUGGUUGACUGAACUAGAGAUCUUCGCCAUGAUCUUUGCGGCUGCAGUGCAUGACUACGAGCACACAGGGACCACAAACAACUUCCAUAUACAGACAAGGUCAGACACAGCCAUCCUCUACAACGAUCGCUCAGUAUUGGAGAGUCAUCAUGUCAGCGCAGCAUAUCGCCUACUGCAGGACGACGAUGAAAUGAACAUCCUCUACAACCUCUCCAAGGAUGACUGGAGAGAGCUGCGUGCUUUGGUGAUCGAGAUGGUGUUGGCUACUGAUAUGUCUUGUCACUUCCAGCAGGUUAAAGCCAUGAAGAACUAUCUACAGCAACCUGAAGGCAUCGACAAGCCCAAGGCUCUCUCCCUACUUCUCCACACAGCUGACAUCAGCCAUCCAGCCAAAAGUUGGGACCUGCACCACCGAUGGACCACCUCUUUGCUUGAGGAGUUCUUCAGACAGGGGGACAAAGAAGCCGAACUAGGCCUGCCGUUCUCUCCACUGUGUGACAGAAAGUCCACGUUGGUUGCACAGUCUCAGAUUGGGUUCAUAGACUUUAUCGUGGUUCCCACCUUCACUGUGCUGACUGACAUGAUGGAGCGCAUUGUCACCCCGCUCAUCGAGGAGGCCUCCCACUCUGGUCUUUCUACCUUUAGACGCUCAAGUCUAAACAGUAUUAGCUCAGAUGAAACCAAGAGGCACAGUGUGAAGAGCAUGGGAUCUGACAGCAGCUCGUCUGGCCAAAGCUCCCUUCUGACGGUGGACACUAAAAACUUCAAAGCCUUGUGGAAUGAGGAUGUUUAUCAGAACAGGGAAAGAUGGAAAGCCCAGGCUACCAAAGAAGCAGAAGAGAGAGCUAAAAAGGAAGCAGAAGAGCAAGCUCAGCAGGAGGAAGCUAUGGAACCGCAGGAGGUCCAGACAGAGUCUGGAUACCUUGAACAGAAGGAAAACAAAUCAGACAGCAAGGUGCCAGAAUCAGCAGAGGUCAGCAGAUCACCAGAUGGAAACACAGGGGAACCAAAGCAGGCAAACCCCCGUGGGAACACAUCAGACCAGAGUUCCCUGCUGCAGAACGGUGAGUUGUCAGAGGCGGGUGAAUCUCCUGAUGGUGAAGAAAACAAGAACAAAGGAAUAAGUGAGGCAGUGAUGGAAUAACGGAGCAGAAGAGCAUCAUGGCUACACUGAUUCUGCCGUGUUGCUGUUUAAAGGUUGAAGUUGGACUCUGCUGCCCUCAACAGACGACUGAAAUACUGACACCUUUGCUUCCUUUUUUGUUUAUCUCUUUGCAUUUCGACAGCUUCUACCACAUGUAUAAUGUUUUUACCAUUUAUAAACAGUAAGGUGCAUUAUUCCUUCUUUUCUGCUUUGUUUUUAUAAUAAUAAAAAAAAAAAUCUAAUGAAGAGGUUUAUUUCCAUCCAGUGGCUAUAACAGUGUCACCACUGGCAAACUAGUUUGUUUUUGUGGUAGUUUGGGCAGCAUUAUUUUAUUUUCCUUUUUUAUUGCAAUUUUUUAACUCAACUCUUGUAGCUGUUUUAAAAAUCCCACUUCCGCAUUCUGGAUACAUCUAUAUUAGAUUCAUUUGUUGGGAGAUGGGAGUUAAGAUAUUUGUUGCGACUUACUACCACAUAUGCAGAAUAGAUGCAUAUCUAGAGGGACUUGUACAACGCCUAUACUGCAUGUAGAUUAUAUGUCUGUACAGUAAUUUGAGAUUCUUGCCACAGGUCUUCAGCACUACUGUUUUAUUACCAAGUACUCCUUAAAUAAAUCUAGCCUAACUUAGAAAACAAUCUUCCUUUGAGUGCUCCUUAUGGUUGCUAAUGCCACAAAAAUAAAAUAUUUUGUGUGUUUACUUUCUUUUAACUUUUUUGCAAUUUAAAUGCAUUUGUAUUCUUAACAGCCAGGUGCAAAUGGUUUUAUUUUUUUUCUAUGUUUUUCUUUUCUGUAUAUAUAUUAAAUGUUUAUUAAUGGUUGAAUAUGGAACAUAAAUCCAUCAGCCGUCCAGUGAGGGAAAUAUUUUUGAGAUAAAAUGUAAGAUAUUUGUGAAAAAAAUAAAAGUCCAAAAAUUAGAAAGCAGCUUUUUGCAAUUUUAACAUAUCACACGCGCAGAUGCAUUCAAGUUUUUUUUUUUGUAAAUACAAUGUUUUUGUUCAUCUUUUUGAAAAUAUAUUUGUUUUGCAUUAA